AUGUUCGUCGAGAAGUACAAUGAAAGUCUGCCUUGUAUUAGGCGACAUGCGCCGCCCAAACAGACGAUUCUCCUCGGCUCUCAUAGCGCAGACACUUCAAAACUGGAGGCGAAGAUGAGGGAAAGGACGGGUACGCUAGAUUUCAUGGCUAUUGAAAUCCUAGAGACCUAUUGCGCACACGAUAUUCGCCACGACCUGGAGUCGUUCUUAUGGCUCUUAUUGUGGGUCGUUCUGCGACACACAAGUAAUACGAGCUAUCCUGCUUACGGAAUCUACCUGGAAGUCUUCGGUACGCAAGAGGGAUGGGAUAGCGCGGCAAGGAAGAGACAGUUCCUCCAGACCUGGACGGCAUUCGAGGUAAAAAAUAACAUGCCGCUGACGACUCUCAUCCGCGACUUCAAAGAAGUAUGCUUCGACAACAUGCCAAUGAUGAGGGGCGGUAAACCAUCAGCGACAAUCCCUCUCACCUACGAGAGCGUGUUGGCAGUCUUCGACAAGGCGCUUGCGGAUCCGUCAUGGCCGGAGAACGACAGUGCGCUGCCAUUCAAGCUUCCACGCAAUGUCAACAGUUCGCAGCCGGGGCAAGACGGCUCUGCAGGAUCGCGUCAGGACGAGGAACGCACGAGUGAAGCUGACGACAUGGACCGAAUUGACGACGACGACCCAUUUGCCAGAAUGCAACAACGUGCUCUCAAGCGGCGAUAG